GAUUGUAGAUCAGAGUCUUGUGAAGCCCCAGACCAAAUUUCAACUCAAUCCAAUGGUGAACUUCUGCGGUUCAAACAAAGUUGCAAAACUGCGCACUGUACCAAAUCUCCAGAAUUCUCCCCUACUUUCUUGCCCUUUCUGCCGGCUGGUCCACUCACGUGUUCUCCACUUUCUGCUGUCCAAAUCAGACUCCUUUCUUUGUCUUAAAGGGCUGCAAAAUGUGGCUUCAAGUGGGCUUAACAAGUGUGGGCUUAGUCUACAAAUAUUGGCCAUUUCUCCACAUGGAAAGGAUAGGCCUAACCCAACAAUAAUGGAGUUAUACCAAAUUCUUGAACGAAACGGUGAUGCCACCCAAUUCAAUUCGGAGGCCUUCCUCAUCAAUGGCCAGCCUGGUGAUCUUUAUCCCUGCUCCAAAUCAGGUGAAACUCUUUACCUUUUAGUAAGACUGGGUGUUGUUGCACAUGGUGUUGUUGCCAUGCAUCAAGUACAUGAAAAGGCUUAGGACCCUAAUCUAUAUUUCUUGACUUCAAAAUGAUUGUUGAAUGAUAUGAAAUUGAUCUUUGAAUGCCAACUUUAGUCCAAUCUCUAUCGAGUAAACUCAUUUUGUAGAU